CCAGCGUGAUGGGACUCCAGCCACCACCAACCUCGCCACCAGGGGGGAAGUGGCUGCUGCCCAAAGCGCUGGCCCUGCGCCUUCCGCGCGACAUGUGACUCCAGCCGGCCGGACUGGGAGGCGCGGGGAGGGGCGACCCAGACGGGCACUUCCCCCUCCCUGCCCUGGGCGGGGGAGCCGAGCUGAAUCACCCACAUGCGCCUGGCAGCCGCCGGCCUCCAGCGGGGCAUUUAAAUGCCAGCGGGCGCCCGGCUGGGAGCAGCGCCAGCUCACGCCGCCACCAACCAAGCAUCGAUCGGCCCGAUCCUCGCCGGCGAGGAACGAUCGCGCCCGCUGUCCAGGCAAACCACCGGCCGCCGCCGCGCUGUGCGCUCCUCCCAAGGCCAGACACCAUGAGAUCUGUGCCCGCUCCCGGAAUCCGCUUCCUCCGCUCUUUCCCCAGGGACAGCAGGUAUCGGGGAUUAAUCCUUGUACUGACGUUCCUGUGCUAUACCACGUUCCAUCUCUCACGGAAGCCCAUUAGCAUUGUAAAGAGCGAACUGCAUUAUAACUGUUCCUCAAGGGGAUCCAAUCCAUACAACAAUUCAAACAGCACCACAUGGUGUGACUGGAAGCCCUUUGAUCAGGCAAACUAUAAGGAGCUGUUCGGAGCCUUAGAUAAUGCCUUCCUGGUUGCCUAUGCUGUAGGAAUGUAUAUCAGCGGAAUCUUUGGUGAGCGCCUCCCGCUGCGUUACUAUCUCUCCGGAGGAAUGCUGUUGAGCGGAUUGUUCACUGCCUUGUUCGGCCUGGGAUACUACUGGAAAAUCCAUCAGCUUUGGUACUUUGUGCUUAUACAGAUCUUCAAUGGUUUGGUGCAGACAACUGGCUGGCCCUCCGUGGUGACGUGCGUCGGCAACUGGUUCGGAAAGGGGAAGCGAGGCUUGAUCAUGGGCAUCUGGAAUUCACACACAUCUGUAGGAAACAUCUUGGGAUCCUUGAUCGCAGGUGUCUGGGUUUCGAAAGCGUGGGGCAUGUCGUUCAUCGUACCUGGGAUCAUAAUUGCCUCCAUGGGGAUCAUCUGCUUCUUGUUCCUCAUUGAAUAUCCAGAAGACGUUGAUUGCAGCCCACCUCUUCACCAUGCUGGCUCAGAAGAGAAAGAUCUUGAGUCGGGACAUUCCAUUGGCAACAGCAGCCUGAAUGUUUCCACCAACAGCCAAGAGAACAUGAUUGAUAUGGCAGAAAGUGCCAAAGAAUCAACAGAGAACCGGGAAGCCAUCAGUUUCCUGGGUGCCCUUAAGAUACCUGGCGUGGUGGAGUUCUCCUUUUGCCUCCUGUUUGCCAAACUCGUCAGUUACACUUUCCUCUUCUGGCUGCCCCUCUACAUCAUGAAUGUGGCUCAUUUCAGUGCCCAGAAGGCUGGAGACAUGUCCACUCUCUUUGAUGUCGGCGGCAUUAUCGGAGGCAUCACUGCUGGUCUCGUCUCUGACUACACGGGCGGCAGAGGCACCACGUGCUGCGUCAUGCUGAUUUUGGCCGCUCCCAUGUUAUUCGUGUACAGCUCUUUUGGCCAGAGCGGACUAACCAUGUCAAUUGUGAUGUUAAUUGUCUGUGGUGCCCUCGUGAACGGGCCUUAUGCUCUCAUUACGACUGCAGUGUCAGCUGACUUGGGCACUCACGAGAGUCUUAAAGGGAAUGCAAAGGCCCUCUCCACGGUCACAGCCAUCAUCGAUGGGACCGGAUCCGUAGGUGCUGCCCUCGGACCUUUGCUAGCCGGCUUCAUUUCUCGCAACAGCUGGAACAAUGUCUUCUACAUGUUGAUAUCGGCCGAUAUACUGGCUUGCCUGCUCCUUUCACGGGUGGUAUACAAAGAAAUAAGAGGAUGGUGCAACUGUUACACAAGAAGGAGAGGGUUAAACACCACUCUUUGAGUAGGCAUGUUCUAGGACCAUAAGUCACACUUUAAAGAAUUUUGACGUGACUACCUGACCAGAGGGGCCUGAAGAGGCAAUGGAGAAAGCUUCACCGAGGGGGUCAGUUUCAAUGCCGCCCAGUUCGCAGUGGGAGGAAUGAAUGAAGCUGUAAUGGAAUGUGCUCCAGAAACAAGCAGAACUCUUUUGAAAAACAUCAAGCAAGCCUAGCACCAGCUGCAUAGAUUUAAAAAAAAAAAAUCUGACAGAAGGGAGCAGUGAAAAUGAUGCCGCAAAACCAAAGGCGAAACGAACUGGCGUCUUUGGGAUACUUGCCACGUCUCGGGGCCUCUGUUUUGUAUCGAUCGCCCAUUGCAUUCCUUUUGUAGUUGCUCUUUUUUAUUAUUAAAAAUGGUGCUGAGCUAUA